AUGGAUACAAGGCCAACGUUUUGGAAAGCACAGUGCAUGACAAGGGGGAAGAAUUAUCGUGGUGUUCCGGACCGGGUCCCGUGUAGGUGGGUUGUAGUUGGAACAAGCAGAAACAAGUUAGGCAUGUUUCAGAUCACAAAGUGGGUGGAGAGUCACAAUUGCUAUGGAGAAGUGAUAUCUAACAACAACCGAUGUAUGACAGCAAGUAUGAUUGCUUCUGAAAUUUUGCCUAACGUGCGGGAAGAGUUAACUUAUAAAGUCAGACAGAUCCAGGCGCAAGUAAAAGCAACUUUCAAUGUGGAUGUGAGCUACGCCAAGGCAUGGAAUGCAAGAAGGAUAACAAUUGAAAGGUUGUAUGGAACUUGGCCGAGUAACUUUGAUGCAUUGCCCAGGUAUGUUGUCGAAUUACAACUUUCUAACCCUGACACUGUUGUUGAAUGGCUCCAUUCGCCAACUAGUUCAAGCCACAUACAAGAAUUCAAGUUUGUAUUCUGGGCUUUUAGACCGGCGACUAGGGCAUUCCAACGUUGUAUUCCAGUGAUCUUUGUCGAUGACACUCAUUUGAAAGGCAGCUACAAGGGUAAGUUGCUAACUGUAUUGAUGAAGAACGCCAAUGGACAACUAUUGCCGGUCGCUUUUGCCUUGGUUGAUGAAGAGUCUAAUGAAAGUUGGGCAUGGUUUCUAAAUCUCUUUGAAGAGCAUGUCGGAUCGCAGCGGCAGGGUGAUUUGUGUAUCAUUUCAGACCGUCACCAAGGCAUUCUUAAUGCAGUGAACCAAAUUCAGGGUUGGCAUCAUCGGUAUUGUUUGAGGCACGUUUGUAGCAAUGUGAACUCGCACUUCAAGAACAGGAGAAUCAAAAAUCUUGCUUGGGUUAUCGGUUUCACUUCCCAAUCAUCCAAGUAUACUUGGGCGGUGAGGGAAAUCAAGGGUGAAGAUGAUGAUGUUUGGCCGUAUCCGAGAAAUAUUGGUCUAGAUAAGUGGACUCUAAGGCACGACUCGGGGCUUCGCCGUUGGGGUAACUUAACGACAAACAUUGCCGAGUGCCAAAACAAAAUCCUUGGUAAGGCUCGAAUGCUACCCAUUAGAGCUUUAAUUGAGACACAUUUACCUGGACAAGAGACCAUUUUGUCAACCAAUACCGGAGGGCUAACAGUUGGAACCCACCACUAA